CUUCCCGUGACGUCACGCAUAACCUGGAGCAGCACCUUACUACGCGCUGCCGAAUGUAGCCACAAUGUGGAGGCUGGAGAGGGAGAGUGCGGGAGCAGGAGUCGCCUAUCGCUUUCUCGCUGGCACUGACUACAUUGUGGGGAGGAAGAACUGUGCCAUCCUGAUUGAAGAUGACCAGUCCAUUAGCAGGGCUCAUGCAGCAUUUUCUGUUAGCCACCGGCCCUCCAGCCUGAGUCACCCAGACAUAAUCCCCGUUCUAACCAUUAGAGACUCUUCAAAAUACGGCACUUUCAUUAAUGGAGAAAGGAUGGAGGUCAGCAGUUCUAGAUCCUUAAAUUCUGGAGACAAGAUCACAUUUGGUGUUUAUAACAGCAAGUUCAGGGUCAUAUAUGAGCCCCUAGUGGUUUGUUCCUCAUGCCUAAAUGACUCCGAGAAGACUACUUUAACGCAGUCGCUACUGACUUUAGGAGGCCAUCUUGUGAAUAACUGGACACAGAAAUGCACACACCUGGUUAUGACUUCUGUUAAAGUUACUAUCAAGACGUUAUGUGCAUUGAUCUGUUGCAGAUCUAUCAUUAAACCAGAAUACUUCAGUGAGAUGAGGGAAGCCAUUCAGCAGAAGAAAUCACUACCUGCACUUGCAAGUUUCAUUCCUAUAAUUGAUGAACCAUCUUUGCAGUCUGAGUCCUUGGAUCUUUCAGAAAACCCAAAGCGGAGAACAGUUUUCAAGAACAAGACUUUCCUUUUUUUAACAGCAAAGCAGCACAAGAAAUUGAGCACCCCAGUUCACUUAGGAGGGGGCAAGACAAAGCUACUGACUGGAGAACUGGACGACGAGACCCGGCUAGAAGAUCCCAAUGUUUGUGUUAUUGAUGUGGGUAUAGGAGAGUCACAGUCUUCAGAGUCGCAGGGUCUCCCGACCUGGAUCCGAUCUAUAGUGGACGUACUGCAAAGUAAGGGCCUGAGAGCUAUUCCUGAAGCUGAAAUUGGUUUAGCCGUUAUCUACAUGUCAACAGAAAUGUACUGCAAUCCUCUACAAGGCUCCGUGAAUAGAGAUGAAACUGGAAAAAGUGCCAAAGGUAAUAUCCUGGGAUCUACGCAGUCUUCCAGCAUGGCCAUUGAUGAGACUGUGUUGCCAGCAGCCACGUUCAGCACCACGGCUUAUGUGGCCGACACAGAGCCACAAAGCCACACAGAUGAGUGGAUGGACGUCAGUGGGGUUCGCGAAGUUAAAGAGACCCCCAAAAGUAAUCGCAGCUGUAAAACCAAUCAGAGGAAGGAUCGGGAUGGGGAAGCCGGGGUCAGUGGUGACUGCAGGACCGCCCUGUUUCAGGAACACCUCCAUCAGGCAGAUGAAAGGCCACGACCGUCAUCACAAGCUGAAACCCCCUCCUCAAAUAGACAGAGAGUAUCUCAGAAAAUGGAGCCCUCCAAUAAAAUACAGAAUUAUUUCCAGCCCGUGGCCAAGAAACGAGACCGAGAAGAAGAAGGAGAAACUUCUACUGUCAAAUUGUGUAGACUGGAGAAAGUGACUUCUCAAUGUUCUCAUCCAACAAAGGAAAAUGUGCCCCCAAAACAGAAAACUGCAGAUACAGCCCCCAUUAAUGACCUGGAUACCGAUCUGCCUAUAGGGACAGUUGGUCCUUCUGGUGGGAGACUUGAUAGAGCAUAUAGUCAGGAUAAGAUGGACACAACAGUAACCAGUCAAUCAAAGGACUCCUUCAUGAAGAAGAGGAAGGAGCCUGAGGAUGUGGUGGAUGAGUCUGACUUAGAAAAUGAGGAUAAAAGUGGUGAUGAGAUAAAAGAUAAAAAAAACACUAAAAGCAAUGUCAGCCAAGUGAAAAGGCCUCGCGUGGAAACUACUGAAGACUUUGAAGACGACUUUGGAGAAGACUUUGGGGAAGACUUUGAGGAUGACUUUAACAUGGAAACCUUGGACAAAAAAGAGAGAGCCACAGUGCCAGCAGCGGGUGUCCAGACAAUAAAGACUGAGCCGGACAUCAAACAGGAACCUAUAUCUCAGCAUGAAGAAGCAAAAAUGCCUUUCCGACCAAAACAAGAAAAUGAUGAUGGGCUCCCGAGUAGACUCUUGGCAUCGGAGUUCCGAUCUUUAGUUGUUAGUCGGCCAGCAAGAAACAGUGAGACCAUCAUCAAAGACAAUCGAGAGAAUGUGGCUAAUUUCAAGAAGUUCAGGAAGAUAACAUAUCCAGGAGCUGGAGGCUUUCCUCACAUCAUUGGAGGCUCUGAUCUAAUUGCACAUGACAGGAAGAAGAACUCGGAGCUAGAACAGUGGCUGCGCCAGGAAAUGGAGGAGCAAACUCAACAGGCCAGAGAACAGUCACUGGCCGACGAUCUUUUCAGGUAUAAUCCUAAAACGGUCAAAAGAAGACGUUAAGGAGACUUUUGAUCAGAAGAAGAAGACGUCUUAAGUAAAACUGAUAAAACUAAUGUUCAACGUGUUGAUCUGUAAAGUGAUCAUUGUCUCAUAUAGUAAUGGACCCAAGGGUCUGUUCAACUGAACAGUGUUAGGAGUCAUGUCUAUGACCAAUAUGAGUGGGCCAUAAGUCUUCUCUACAUAUGCAGUGGUCUAUCCGCCCCCUGCGUAUAGGACCAGGUCUCUUCAGGUUAGAGUUAGUUUUCCACUUCUGCGACUGUAUGGUGACGUCCACAUGAAGGAAUCGGGAAGGUUGUAGGCACCUUCCAAUAUCUUGUUGGUUUCCAUUAAUCUAAACCAAGAAAUGAAUGCGAGAGAAAAAUGUAAAUGUUUUUACUACGCCAAACUUUCUGUAAGCUGCUGCAAUAAAGAUGCAGAAGAAAAGACAUGGAUCCGUUUACUGUCACCCAUGCUGUGGAUGAAGGAUUCUGAUGCAGGCAGAGGUGAAGGACCCUGAGCCCAGACAUUUUUGCAAACCUUUCCUUACACAUAUAUUUACUUCUGGCACAUCCCAGCUGAAUCCUACAUAGUCUGCAGCUGUUCUGAGUUGAAAUAAUUAAAUAAUUUACACUUAAAAUGACCACUUGACACAAUGUUCACUUUCUAGAUUCUUGAUGGCUUGUGAGUCCACUAGAUACUUCUCAAGCUGGCAAUGUUAUUAUAUCUGGUGUCCGCCACCUACAGAUACACAGUAUAAGGAACAGAGUUAGGCAAAGACCAUGUCCACGUAACUAGCAACUUUUCUUAGAACUCUGUUGUGUUCUUCCUCCUGGAAAUGUAUGAAUAAACUUACAGCUGGAUGUUACCGUUGCCCUUCUAA